AGUGCGGAAGCGGAAGAGGCUGCCGGGCCGGGAAGCCUCUCUCCGGUCUGGCCGGGGCCCUGGGACCUGCUGCCCGCCGCGAUGCCGAGCCCCAGGAGGACCAUCGAGGGACGGUCGCUGGGCACCUCGGGCGGGAGCAGCGUCCCGGGCAGCCCGGCCCACGGCGGCGGCAGGUUCGAGUUCCAAUCGCUGCUGAGCGGCCGCGCGGGCGCGGAUCCUACUUGCGCCCGGCUGCGCGCUUCCGACAGCCCGGUGCAUCGGCGCGGCUCCUUCCCGCUGGCCUCCGCCGGCCCCGCGCAAGCAGCCCCGGCCCUGCCACCCGAGGACGACCGCAUGAACUUGAACCCGUCCUUCCUGGGCAUCGCCCUGCGCUCCCUGCUGGCCAUCGACCUGUGGCUGUCCAAGAAGCUGGGGGUGUGUGCCGGGGAGAGCUCGGCCUGGGGCAGCGUUCGGCCCCUGAUGAAGCUGCUGGAGAUCUCGGGGCACGGCAUCCCCUGGCUGCUGGGCACCGUCUACUGCCUGCUUAGGAGCGACAGCUGGGCCGGGCGCGAAGUGCUGAUGAACCUGCUCUUCUCCCUGCUGUUGGACCUGCUGCUGGUGGCUGUGAUUAAAGGGCUGGUCCGCAGGCGCCGACCGGCGCACAAUCAGAUGGACAUGUUUUUCACCCUCUCGGUGGACAAGUACUCCUUCCCCUCGGGCCACGCCACGAGGGCCGCCCUGGUGUCGCGGUUCAUCCUGAACCACCUGGUCCUGGCCAUUCCACUGAGGGUGCUGGUGGUACUGUGGGCCUUCGUCUUAGGUCUCUCCAGGAUCAUGCUUGGGCGGCACAACGUCACUGAUGUAGCUUUUGGCUUUUUUAUGGGCUACAUGCUGUACAGCAUUGUGGAUUACUGCUGGCUGUCACCCCACAAUGUUCCGGUCCUCUUUGUACUGUGGAAUCAACAGUGACACCAUCUCAUUGAUUGUUGGCACCAGGAGGUCUGAAGGUCACGAGAAGUCUGACCUAAACCAGAGCCAUCCAGUUGCCCCUCAGACAUUUCAGGCACCUUUGGGAAUUCUGGGAUCCCACUGUCUUGACAUGUUCCUAGGUCGGAGUAUGUGCUGGCUAUUACUGAACACAGCCAUACUAGAGAAAGAAAGUCUAUUGUGUAUAUAUGCAACAGCUGUUUAUCUCCAAGACAAAUGUAAAGAAAUCAAGCUGGCUGAUUAUAUGAUUGCUAUUUAUUUAAAGUUGACAGAUUAGUGUUAAUUAGUAAUCCCAAAAAAAACAAUUUAUCACUUGUAAAUUGAAUUUUAAGAGACAUGAGCUUCCAGGUGAGCCAUGCACUACUCCCAGCCCUUUCCCUGUGGUAUAUUUUAAACAGUAUUUUUAAAGUUUAAUGCAGACUUUUCCAGUUUAAUCUCUGAACAUCUGUUGCCAUAACUGGAGCUUUUUCUUUAUCCUGAGUGCUUAACUAGCUCUCCCACCUUUGUGUAUUAGGUAGUAAGAAGUGGUUACGUGCAGUACUUGCCUUUCUUCCUGUACCUCUCAGAAGGUCUUUAGAUGUUUACUUUCCACUACUCUCUAAUAGUGUCUUUUAGCAUUCAUAGAACAAACCAAGAUGUUAAAGAAGACAUACUCAAAAAGUGGGCUUGUCUAAGGUUCCCACAGAAAAGUAAGUAUGAGACCACUGUUCAUUUCUGUUGACUGCCAGUAGCAGCGUAUCAGGAGGCCAAGAAGAUGAGCUGCUGGGGAGAGUCGGGGGAACUUAGAGUCUGGAAACAGGCAGACCACAGAUGUCAAUGACCAGUGGCAAGAGAUGAAGCCCUGCUGCCCAUCAUCUCUACUCAAUAGGGUAAAUGGUCCUCUAGUAAGUAAAAAAUGGAAAAGCGAUGUGAUGUUCAGUGCACAAAGAAGACUGUGUGCUAUCCCUUCUCAUAUCAAUUCUACUUUGCUGUAUCCAGCACAUUUUAGGGAACAGUACUUAACUUGAAAUUCUUCAGGAGAGCCUGUUGCCCUACAUGAGCACUAGGUAUAACUCCUAAAGUUCUGUUUACAUGGAAAGCUGUUCAUUCACGCACCUCCCCCAAUCAUGAGACCAAAGAUGACCAAAUAAUGUGGUAGACUCUGAUUGUUGUCUGACCUGGAAAGACCAAAGAGAGUUUGUGCUAUAUAAAUCUGUAAACGCUGCUCUGCCUGGAAAGAAAACCUUUAAAUCACCCGUGGUGGUGGUGUCAUCAGAUAAUCUUAAUGACCAAUUGUUCUGGCAUUUAUAAACAGAACAGAUUGUUGGCUGUAAUCUAACAUGCAAAGAUGUGGACCCGACUCUCCAGAAUGGCUGUGCUAAACAGGUUCCCACUGGGAGGAAGGCACCAAUAGGAACAGCUCUUCCUCUGAAUAAAACAGUCAUUGCAUUUCCACAACACCCUGAACACUGACUACCUCUUUGCUUACUAACUCUGCCAAGCUGUGAGGUUCUAAGUGGUCUGAGUGUGUUGUUUAAACUUUCGGAUUUUUGUUUGUUUGUUUUGUUUUUUCGGGAUAUGGUUUCUCUGUGUAGCCCUGGCUGUCCUGCAACUCACUCUGUAGCCUAGGCUGGCCUCGAACUCAGAGAUCCACCUGCCUCUGCCUCCUGAGUGCUGGGAUUAAAGGCUUGUGCGCCGCCGCCGCCGCCGCCACCACCACCACCUGGCUUCAGAGAUCAUUUUUAAUUGUAAUGUUCAAGCCAGACAUUUGAAAGGAAAGUAUUUGCUCUUCCUGUGUCCCCAUGUGUGAUUACUGAGGGCCUCUCUUCUAGUUACACUUCUGGAAUUCCAUGUUUUGUUUGCCAGGGCCUGAGUUUGCCGGCUUUUUAAAACACAGAUCAGAUCAAGUUACCUGACUUCAUGGGUCAUCCUAAGUUCUCUAGAGUAAAAAACUGAUUUUUUUUGUUAAUUACUUGUACACUGAAGGAUGCCUUUUAAAAAUCAAAAUAAACUGGUAAUGUUGAAUGACAUAA